AUGAAGAGCAUCCUUAAGGACAAGACUUUGAAGCUCCAUUGCUCAAAACUGAAAUUCGAGAGCACAACCCAGAGCAAUUCCAUCGGAGCCGUGCGAUGGACCCUCCCCAAGGAAGAUGCGCAAGCCCACAGUUCUGUGCCCAGCAAUCCCUUCAGGAGUGUCACCAGCUCCACCCGCCCACAGCAGGUCAGACAGCAGGGUCUUCAGGAUCUGCGCAGCUUGGAGGAGUGUGUGAAGUUCAUCAAUCACUGGAAGGAGGAGGUUGUGCGUAUCUGCAAGAGUGGCAACAAUCCAGGGGAGGGCACCAGUAAGGAGGAAGCCACCCCAGCACCCAAUGCUGACCGCCGUGCUGUGCGCAGCCUUGAGGAGAGCCGCAAACUCAUCAUGCAGUGGGCAGAUGAGCUCAAAAAUGUGGACAUGCUUUUCAAGCAGUGUACCUGGAGGCAUGAGAGGCCUGAGCUCCAGGAAGCAGAGAUCAAAGAUGACAAAGACCAUAAUGAACUGGUGAAACAGACCAUCAUGGAAUGGGCCAAGGAGCUUCACAGUGUGUCAGAGAGCUGCGGAGUGCCGGGGGAGGAGCUAGCUAGCAUGCUGAGGAUGCUGGGACUGAGAAAGAAGAGGCUGGUAAGCCUCCUUCCUCUCCUCGAGUUCAUCACCUGGUCCCUACUGAAGGAGGACAGCAAGAACAUUGUCCCGCAGCUGUGGCUGUCAGCCAAACAACGCACCUGGAAAGCAGGGACCCCCAUAUACAUCCCAAACUCAGUUUGGAGCUGGAUCUCAAGUGCUACAGCUGACGUGAAUCUGGAUCCCAUGACCAACCACCCAUGGCUGCAACUAUCUGAUGACUGCAAGAAGGUGCAGGAGGCCUUGUCUGAGCAGGAUGUGGCUCCCAGCACGCAGCGCUUCGACGUCUGGCCCUGUGUCCUGGGCUGGGAGGGCUACUCCUGCGGCCGCCACUACUGGGAGGUGGACCUGGCCAACAAUGGCUACUGGAGGGUGGGGCUGACCACUGCCACGUCCAAGAGGUGUGGCCGCUUCCCCAUGGCCCCAUCACAGGGCUACUGGACCCUGUGGCGCAGCACCCGGCAGUUCUACGCCUGCACCAAACCCGAGACACCUCUCCCAGUGGGACUGGUCCCGCGUAGGCUGGGUGUUUACCUCGACUACGAGGAGGGCCAAAUCUCUUUCUAUAACGUGGAGAACAAGUCCCACAUCUACACCUUCUCCCACAGUUUCAGAGGGAAGCUGUACCCUCUCUUUGCCCCGCUGGAUGGCCGAACUCUCAUCACGGUCUCCUCCCCGAAAUCUGUCACCUAA